UACAUCUAUUUGACAGGUCGGAAAUGCCUGUAGUCCACCACGAUAGGUGCAUACCUGUCAACCCGCAGAUAGGGUUUCCUGCAUGACCCACUUAAAAGCGGCCCAUCCUCUCUUACUGCGGUCUCUCUCCAUCUCCGUCCGCUAAAGAGCAAUGAGGAACCCACAAUCGUCCAUCCUGCUCUCAUUUCUCGGUCUGUUAUUGAUCUGGCCUGAUGUACAUACUACAGAUGUCCUCUCCUCCACACAGCCAGCCCCAACCAGCCCCCGGUCCUCCCACCGUGAGACAGGAACAACAGCAGACCAGGAGCAGUCCCGUCCUCACAUGGAUAAGGUGAUGAGCCAGAAAUGUGACUCCAAUCUGGAGAGCUACUGUCUCAACGGAGAAUGUCUCCUACUGCUGGAUCUCAACGAACACCACUGCAAGUGUGAGAGGGGUUACUACGGGCCCAGGUGUGCUCACCUGGAGAUGGUGUUUCAGCCAAUGAAAGAAGAGCAUGUCAUCCUGAUGGUGGUAUGUGGGGGCCUUCUGUUUAUAGGCAUCGCUGGAGCCUUCUACUUCUUCUGCCGAUGGUACAAGAGAAAUAGAUGUCCACCGCAACAGAAACAGCAGACGUACCAGGAGGUGCAGAUGGCGUGAUGUGUGUUUGACAGCGGCCAUUAGGUCAAUCAUUAUGUUACAUAACAUACUGUAGUUCUUUUACUUACCAGGGUUACGUUCAUUAGGGCACGCAACGGAUUUUUUUUUUUUUUAAACGUUUUGUAACGGAUAAUGUUUCACUCAGUUUUCUUCCGUGCUGUGCCUACUGAACACAGCUCCAGCAUUUCUACUGUGUGUCUCAAACUGAAAAUGUAUUUUUGUCAGGAGUAAGUUUUGCAUGGCUGUAAAGAUGGAUUUCUGUCUCCUUCAUGUUAGAAUGGCUUACUGUCCUGUUUGGUUUGAUCCAGUUUUUGGCCAUAUUGAA